AUGGAUGCAGUGAUGGUUGUGCACCAGCUCCAGAGGCUGGCGGCGACGGUCGAUCCUUCGCCGGCAGUCGCUGCGAAGCUGCCCCGUGUGGCAGUGGGCAUUUGCUACUUCAUCGAGCACCCGGAAGUGGGAGUUCGCCAACAGGCGGCGAACGCGGUGAAAAAAGUGGUGUCUCUCCACGGCAAUGUCUUGCACGGGACGAAAGAAGGAAGCGAGCUCGAGGCGAUGCUCGCGCGAUACGUCGACGCGUCCACCGACCCUGUCGUCGUCGAGUCCUGCCGCGAGGCCCUCGAGAUCUUCCAAGGCACGGCGCCCCAAGACGGCGCCGCAUGCACAGGCGAAGAAAAAUCGCAGACAGCGGACCAGCCGGCUGAGGAGGACCUUCACAGUGCAGCGAGUGCCUCGUCGCCUGUUGCCGUUCCUCGCAAAGACGCGACAGAGGCCGAGAAGGAGACCGGCGCGGGAGACGCGAGCGCAGAGAAAGAGAACUCGUCUCUGGGGGAUAAAAGUCCAGGACGAGUCGGCUCUGCCUCGCGCCUCUGCUCGCCUUCCGACUCUUGCGCACCUCUCGAGGGAGAGAUGUACACGGUGCUCUUGGGCCUUCGCGGUUUGGCUGCCGAUCUGCAGCGAAAGAGAGAGAAAGGCGCGCCGCCUUCGCCGGCGGCCUCGGUGCCAGCUCUGCUGCGGGGCGCUUUGGAGGAGUUACAGCGAGAGCUGCAAUAUCGACUCGUGUGCAUUCCCGGCGUCAGCAGCGCCACGAUCACACUGAACAUUCGGGGUUUGUGCGCUCAGCUCGACGCUGCGGGAGACCACGUUGAAAGGCGCGGCGAGGAAGGCGACGGGGUGGCCGUGCUUCUGGUCCGUCUGUCGCAGGACACGCGGAAACGCAUGCGUCACCUGCAACACAUCAAAGACGCUGCAGGACCACUCACCCUCGUCCUUCGUGCCGAGCGAGUCUACGACGGUUCGCGAGUAAAAUCGAGAGGCAAUCAAGAAGGCCCAGACCGGGAGACAGUCUCUGAACGGAGAACCGACGAGGCAAACAGCCCCGACAGUCCCUCAGCUGCGCCUGCCUACCUCGACGAGGAGACAACGCGGAGAGAGAGCAAAGAGGAACAGGACACAAACGGGGCUGCAGAUGGGACGGCAUCCGAACACAUGGGAGGCGAAGGCCUCCACGGCGCGGGCGAAACUGCUGCCGGAUACUCCUUCUUCAGUCGAAACUCCGUCCUCUUUACGCAGUCUCGGUUUCUCGGGAGCAGCAUUUUGCCCUACGAAGACGAUCCGGAACUGGCGUCUCGUCUCAAGAGAGAAAAGGAGAAAAAGGCAGCGGAGCGUCUCAAGCAACUGGAGUCCCAGACAGUGCUCGACAGGGUGUUGGGAAACAUCGGGAAAGUGCGCUUCUGGUGA